AUGGAGCGCAAGAUGUCGAGCCCUAUGGCGCCGCCCUUUAUGGUCUCAGCACCGGGCAAAGUCAUUGUCUUUGGAGAGCACUCGGUCGUCCACGGCAAGGCUGCCAUUGCUGCCGCCAUUUCCCUCCGAUCCUACCUCCACGUCACCACCCUGUCCAAGUCGAAGCGCACCGUCUCACUCCGAUUCCCGGACAUUGACCUCGUCCACUCGUGGAACAUUGACGACCUACCAUGGGCGGCCUUCCAGCAUCCCCUUAAGAAGAAGUCAUACUACUCCCUUGUCACUGAGCUUGAUCCCGACCUUGUCGAUGCUAUCCAACCGCAUAUUGCUGUCGUCUCCGCCGAUCGACCAGAAGAGAUCCGCAGGGUCCAUCGCAACUCCGCAUCCGCUUUCCUAUACCUCUUCCUCUCGCUAGGAUGGCCAUCAUUCCCUGGCUGCCUAUACACCCUUCGAUCGACGAUACCGAUUGGCGCUGGUUUGGGCAGCAGCGCAUCCAUAUCUGUCUGCAUCUCGUCAGCCCUUUUGCUCCAGCUACGCACUCUGUCUGGCCCUCACCCUGAUCAACCCCCCGACGAGGCCCGACUCCAGGUGGAGAGAAUCAACCGAUGGGCAUUUGUGUCAGAGAUGUGCAUCCACGGCAACCCCUCGGGUGUAGACAACACCGUCGCGACACAGGGCAAGGCCGUCGUAUUCCAGCGCACCGACUAUUCCAAGCCCCCAGCUGUACGCCCUCUCUGGGACUUCCCUGAACUGCCCCUCUUGCUGGUGGACACAAGGCAGGCUAAGUCCACUUCACACGAGGUGGCCAAGGUGGCUAAGCUCAAGGACGAACACCCCAAACUUGUCGGGACCAUCCUGGAUGCCAUGGACAAGGUGACCGUAGCAGCAUCAAACGUGAUUGAGGAUCCGAAGUUCGAUAAUGAGGAAGAAGAAUCUCUCCAAAAGCUUGGUGAAUUAAUGACCAUCAAUCAUGGUCUUUUGGUGUCUCUCGGCGUAUCUCAUCCCAGGCUAGAGCGAGUACGGGAACUCGUUGAUCACGAGGGUUUGGGCUGGACCAAGCUUACGGGUGCGGGAGGCGGCGGUUGCUCCAUAACGCUCCUUCGACCCGAUGCCCCACGCGAGAAGCUCGAGAAACUCGAGCGGCAACUCGAGGAUGAGAAUUACGCUCGUUUCGAGACGACUCUAGGAGGCGAUGGAGUCGGUGUGCUCUGGCCUGCCGUCCUUAAGAAUGGAACGGAAGAGGACCGCGAAGGUGGCAUGGAGAUUGAUCUGGAGAAGUUCCUCAACGCCAAUGGCAACGAGGGUGUCGAGAAGCUGGUUGGAGUCCACACGGAUGGUGGCGAGAGAGAAGGUUGGAAGUUUUGGCGUGUCGAGAGCCGGUAA